AUGGCCAAAUUACAUGCAUAUUAUGUUACAAAUGCAUGCCAUGAGCUUAAUUACGUUGGACAAAAUCUUUCAGAAAGUGAUUUUUUAAAAAUGAUGCAUAAUUAUACCCAUUCUCUUACUUCAGGUGCUGCUAUGUUUGAAGAAGAUAUUCAGUUGUAUGAUUCUGAAGACGAUUUUGAAGAUGAUGUUGAAGACAAUCUCGAAGAUGAUUCUAUUGCAAAUGAUUUGUCUGAAGUCGAUUCCAGUACACUAGAAAUUGAAAAUAGUGUUAAUUUGAAUCUUGCUUUGAAUAAUGUAGAUCAACAUUUAAUUCUAGAUGAAGUUAUUGAUUAUAGUGAAAAGAAUUUUGAUAUUGACGCACUUGUCAAUCAAAGAAUGCAGAUGCAAAAUGCAUCAAUAGAUGAAGAAAACUGCGAUUUUUAG